AUGGAGCAGAAAUUUCACAGCCACCAGGGUGCGGACCUGCAGACGGGGCAAAUCCUAGCCAUCGCCAAAUUUGUCGAGUCCCUCCAGGAGAACUGCACUUACCCUGCCUACGACGACAACAACGUCGCCAUGUCCACGGCCAUCAAGAAGCUUGCGGUCAAGUUCAAGGAGCUCGUCGAGGACAACCAGCAUGGAUGGCUUGGCGGUGGAGACGCUCUGGGAAAACACUGGAAUAUGUUCUUCUCAGCCAGCAUCCGGAAGCUGCUGAGGGAGCUGCCGGCCAACAACAUUCAGGACAUCAGCAGGUCGGUCGAAAAGCUUCAUCGGGAGGAGGCCGAACUCAAGGGAACAUACCACAAGACAUCUAUUGAGAUGUGGGACGUCGGUAGCGCCCGCCCUCGUGAAGGAGGUGGAAAACUUUUGAAGUUUCCCCUCAAGGACGGAUACAGCAGGGAGUGCAUGGAAUCUUUCUACACACGGUACCAGGAUUGCUGCAAAAUCAAUUGCUCAAUCCACAUGGCCGACAAAGCACGACAAUGA